AAGAGACUGCUCAGCGCUCGAAUCUUUUGGCUGAAAUUAAUGAACUGACACGAGGACCGUUGGAAUAUCUGAAUAACAACUUUACUGGAUUUAUUGCCAUGUGUGUUUUACUGGGGAUGCAUUUCAGCAGAUCGUGAAUGAGUGAAGAAUGUGAUUGUGCAGGAGCAAUAUGGAGUGCUCUUGGAAGACUCUAUUGCUGCUGGUGUGCACGUCCAUGGGGGUGCAGUACACUGCCAUCCGCUCCCUCCAUGACUCCUUCAGUGGCCCAUGCCAAGACUUUGCCCACUGCAAAGGACGCCUGGGUAAAGAGCAGAGAUGGAAAUCUCUGUGCGAUGACAGUCGUGUCUCUGCUGAGACUAAUGCAGCUCGGAAACACAUCCUUCUAUUUGCGCAAACCCGUAGUGGCUCUUCCUUUACCGGACAGCUUUUCAAUCAGCACCCGGGCAUCUUUUAUGUUUACGAGCCACUCUACCAUGUCCAGCAGGCCUUCACUAAUUCUAGCAGUCACCUGCAAAGGGCUUUGGAUGGUAGAGCUCUUUUGGGGGCCUACAGAGAUCUCCUUCUCAAUCUCUACAAUUGUGAUAUCAACUUCCUGGAGAGUUAUAUUCGCCCUGAACCACAGAAUCACAUGACUGGGGCCUUUUUCCGCCGCAGCUCUAGCCAUGCCCUCUGCACGCCUCCUGUAUGCCAUGAAGGAAGUGAGGAGAUCCUGGGAGGCCAGCCAGAUGAAACCUGGUGCCCCAAAAAGUGCCAAGCCUUGAAUCUCACUCUGGCCUCUCAGGCUUGCCAAUCAAGGAACCACAUAGCCAUCAAGACAGUUCGUAUCCCUGAAGUAGGAGAUCUACGUACGCUGUCAGAAGACCCCCGUUUAGAUUUGAGAAUUGUACACUUGGUGAGGGACCCCCGAGCCAUUCUGGCCUCACGUAUGACUGCCUUUGCAGGUAAAUUCAGGGCCUGGAAGAUCUGGAAUGCCACUGGCCGCCAACCACGGUACGUGGAUCUGACACAGAUAACGAGAACAUGCAGAGAUAUAGAGUAUUCUGUGGAUAUUGGCCUGCAGAAGCCUACUUGGCUGAGGGGGAAGUAUCUUUUGGUGCGCUAUGAAGACUUGGCCCUGAAUCCGGAGGAAAAAGUCAAGGAGAUCUACAGAUUCCUGGGGGUGGACUUGCAUCAAAGAGUGCUCACAUGGAUUGCUCAUAACACCAAUGGCACUGCCCCAUCUUCUUCAGAAUGGAACUACAAGUACUCUACCACAAGAGACUCUAAAGCCACUGCACAAAGCUGGAGGGUGCAUCUAAACUUUGAUAUUGUUAAGACAGUUCAAUCUUUAUGUAACAGAACUCUUGCCUUGCUAGGCUAUACUAUCGUCCAUUCCAUAGAUGAAAUGAGAAAUAUAACAAAGAGUUUAACAGAGCCUAGGACAUAGUGAAUUAAGCGUUUAGUGAACUACUCAGAUUUCACGACAAAUAAUUUUUGUUUACACAGAAUAUUGUGCUAAAUUGCACUUCAUAUUUCGCACUGUUCUCAUAACAUGCAUACUAAUUGUCAGAUCUGCAUUACUUCCCCCAAGGUCCGAGGCUAACGCACUCCUCCCAUGUGCCAUUUAAUGAAUCCUACUAUGGUCGAAGGCUUCCGUGUGGGAAGUAAUUAUGUCAUGAAUACAUUGCUUGGUAACCUUCCUUUAGCACCCCGUUACAUGAAGUAAUUAAUACUCAUGAGUCAAGCUAUUAGCAUAGCAGGAUUCUUUCAUUCUCACCAGGAGCCCUGUUCCCAUCAUUUUGGGUAAA